AUCCACCAUAACCGCCCAAAACCACAUAAACAACCCAAAACUUAACGAAAUAAUUUUUUUUAAAACAUUAAAAACAAGAAAACAUACCUUUAAUCGAAUUUUGCUUUGAAUGUCACCUCGAAUUUGACCAGAAAACCAUCAAUUUCGUGUCAACCGCACCUCCACCCGACCCCGGCAAGAAGAUCAAAAUGGCGUCGUGACCCAACCCUUCAAUUCGCUGGCGAAAAGAAAAUAGAAAAGAGAAAGGGAAGGAGAAGAGAGAAAGAGAAAUGAAAGAAAAGAGAGAAAGAAGAAGGAGAAGAGCAGCAUAUAUCAAAGAAGAAGAGGAAAGAGAAAUGGAAGGAGAAGAGAAAAGAAGAACAACCACGGCAAAUACAAAUGAGAAGAGGAGAAAAAAAAAGAGGGUGAAAUAGAAGGGGGGAACCGGGGAAGGGUCAACGCCGGAGUCUAGGUCAAUGCCGGAAAAUAGACUCCAGUGGUGUUUAACAACAUUUUUUUGAAAAUGGGUGGUCUUAGACAACAAAUUUUUUUUUGGGUGGUUUUGACAUUUUUACAAAAACGUGUUUUUAAUGGGUGGUUUCUCACAAAAUUUCCUUAAGAUUAUUUUAUGGUCAAACAUUUUAAAGUUUGAUUCAUAUUUUAUAUUUUUGCAAAGAGGCAAAAGGAAAAAAAAAAAAAAAAUUUGAGGGACGAAGGUUAGUAGUUCAAUGGAUAAAUAUUGUCCUAAAAAAUAUGAACGUUUUCCUCCUCUCUCAGUUUUCCAUUGUAGCGCACUCCACGUUCUCAAGCAGCUUCUGAGGGUACCAAAGUUUUAAUUGUUAUCGUCCUUUGAAAGUUGCUUUACUCUAUAUUUGGACUCUGAAUUUUUACAACAAUCACAGUGCUGAUUGUCUUCUGCUCUCCGUAUUAUCUCUAAGAAUUCAUCCAUGACUGCAAUUGUAACAGUACCAGUUGCUACAAGAUCCUUACUCUCCUACCGUCAUUGCUUCUCUCUCCUCCCACUGUGCCCCACUUAUGGAAUCUCAACUUUUGCCUCCAAUUCCUCAUUCUCUCUUCUCAAAGGCCGCCCUGUCCAAACCCUAGCAUCCCGGUCUCCUGAACUCACUGCCAUCACCCCUAAGGACUGGCAACUAAGCCGAAAUGUGGUUGAUAUUCUUGAGCAAAGAGGCCUUAUUGAAUCAAUCACUAGUGAAAAUCUCCGCUCUGCUUGUUCCUUGAAGGAUGAUCAUCCGCCGUUGAAGGUCUACUGUGGCUUCGACCCAACAGCGGAGAGUCUGCAUUUAGGGAAUUUAAUUGGCAUAAUUGUCCUCUCUUGGUUCCAGAGAUGCGGCCACAAACCAGUUGCUGUACUUGGUGGUGCCACUGGCCGUGUUGGGGACCCGUCAGGAAAGUCCACUGAAAGGCCAGAUUUGGAUGAUGUAACUCUAGAAAAGAAUAUUAGAGGUAUUAAAUCUAUUUUGAAUAUGAUUUUGAGUAAAUUUGGUGAUGAUAAAUUUGUGAUUUUGAAUAAUUUUGAUUGGUGGAAGGAUGUUAGUUUCCUUGAUUUUCUGAAAAAUGUGGGGAGGUAUGCUAGAGUUGGUGUUAUGAUGUCAAAAGAGAGUGUUAAAAAGAGACUAGAAUCGGAACAAGGGAUGAGCUUUACUGAAUUUAGUUACCAGUUAUUGCAGGGGUAUGAUUUUCUUCAUCUUUACAAGAAUGAGGGAAUCUCUGUCCAAAUUGGUGGUAGUGAUCAAUGGGGGAAUAUAACCGCAGGGACCGAGUUGAUUAGGAAGAUUAUGGCUGUAGAAGGAGCAUAUGGGCUUACAUUUCCUCUUCUUUUGAAGAGCGAUGGGUCAAAAUUUGGGAAAUCGGAGGAAGGGGCUAUUUGGUUAUCUCCUGCAUUGCUGUCCCCUUACAAGUUUUAUCAAUAUUUCUUCACGGUUCCUGAUUCUGAUGUGGUUAGAUUUUUGAGAAUAUUGACUUUCCUUGAAAUAGAGGAGAUAGAAGAAAUUGAGAGUGAGAUGAGGAGACCAGGAUAUGUGCCAAAUUCAGCUCAGAGAAGGCUUGCGGAAGAACUAACACGAUUUGUCCAUGGGGAAGAAGGUUUGAAAGAGGCUAUUAAGGCAACUGAGGCUUUGAGGCCUGGUGCUGAGACUAAAUUGGACUGGAAGACAAUUGAAGGGAUUGCUGAGGACGUGCCCUCCUGUUCAUUAGCUUACAAUGAAAUCUUAAAUCUUUCUAUUGUUGAUCUCUCGGUUUUGUCAGGGUUGCUUGAAAGUAAGUCUGCUGUUCGUCGUAUGAUGAAGCAAGGGGGGCUUUAUUUAAAUAACAGCCGAGUUGAUAGUGAGAGUAAGAGGAUUGAGGCUGAUGAUAUUGUGGAUGGUAAAGUUCUCUUGCUAUCUGCUGGGAAGAAAAACAAGAUGGUUGUGAGGGUGUCUUGAUUGCUUCUAUUUCAGGGAAUUCUAAUUUCAGUUACAGAUUUACCAGGGAUCUGCACGUCAGGCAAACUCAAGACUGAAACCGACAGAAUAUGGUGAUCACUCUGGUCAGUCUCCCCUGAAUUCACAGGAACUGCGGUUGAGAGAUGAGUUACAGGCAAUAGACAAUUGGCAA